CACACCUAUUGUGGUGCGUACGUCGCGACUGAAGACGACAGACCCGUUUUCGGUGGUGGUCGGUCGUGGAUAAAUAUUAUUAUUUUUUUCGGAUCGGAAAGAAAAUACAUGGUACCUACAUUAAUACACACACAAUCGCAUUAUCGUUAACUCUGUUGCCGCGUUCAUUAGUCGCGUCCUCCCCGUGAGCACUAAGAAGUUAUCGUGUGUAUGUAUAUCGUUCGAGAACGUGUGAGGAGAUCAAUUCAACAAGGAGUAUUGAGCUCAUCGUCGGGUCGUCGUCUUCACCCUCGUCUUCGGUGGAGAAAUACGAUCGUCAUCGAUAAGACAAACAGAAUUCCAAGAAGUAGUGAACGGCGCCGUUCAGCGGACCCUAACGCCGCCGCCGCCACCAUGGGCCGUAAGAAAAUACAGAUAUCGCGGAUCACCGACGAACGCAAUCGCCAGGUUACCUUUAACAAGAGAAAAUUUGGCGUCAUGAAAAAAGCAUAUGAACUGAGUGUGUUAUGCGAUUGUGAAAUUGCUCUAAUCAUAUUCAGCAGCUCUAAUAAAUUGUAUCAAUAUGCUAGUACAGACAUGGAUAAAGUGUUGCUCAAAUAUACAGAGUACAAUGAACCUCACGAAUCGCUCACCAAUAAGAAUAUUAUCGAACAAUUGAACAAAAAAGAACUUAAAGGUGGUGCAUUGAGCCCUGAGAGUCCAGACGAAAGCUGUGAUGGUACACAAGGACCAUACCAACUUACACCAAGAACUGAAGCAAAAUACAGUAAAAUCGAUGAAGAGUUCCAGCUUUUAAUGCAACAUCAAAGAAUGGCCAGAAAUAAUGUCAGUGCUAACUAUUCACUUCCUACCACUAUGCCUGUAAACAACAUGUAUAAUGACUCUGGGAACUUACAACUGCAACACAAUGCUAGCCCAAGACCUCCAUCUUCUUCUGAUGCUGAUUCUGUCUACCCUCCUGGCAGUAUGUUGGAAAUGAGUAAUGGAUACCAAGCAUCUUCAUCGCCCGCACUAGUCAAUUCACCUUCUUCUCCGGGACAACUAGUCAUGUCACCAUCGCCUACGCCCAAAGCCUUAAAUGCUUCUAAUAGAGCUACUCCACCGCCAAGACAUCAUUCACCUAGACCCAAUUUGCGUAUAGUCAUGCCCAAUGCUCCUAGUCAUCACGAAGACAAUAAUGCAAACUCAAUUAACACACCAACUGUCUCUCUAAACACACCAGUUGUAGCGCUUCAUACACCUGGAUUGGGUGGCUCUUAUCAUGGGAUUUUUACUGAUCUUACAUCUACCGACAUGGGUCUUUCAUCAGCAUUGAAUUGGUCUAAUCAACUAGCACACAACAGUGGAAUGUCUCACCUAGGAGUACCAAAUUCAUCACCACCUUCUUCACCAUCACCAAAUUCCGUCCGUAUUAAAAGCGAGCCUAACUCGCCACCACAUUUACAUCACCAUACGUCUUCAGCAACCUCUGGAACAGCACCUAACUCUGUUGUUUCACAUUCUAUCAGUCAUUUAUCUUUACCACAUGCUCACUCUUCGAUACCGUCCCAUCACUUGUCUGUCACAGAACGUUUUAUACUAGGCGGACAGUUGCCCAGUAACCAGAGCUUAGUAGAUUCAAGACAUGACUUUGAAGGAGGACCCCCACCAAAAAGAUUGCGUGAUACUUGGCCAACAUGACUAAAUUGUUAAGUACAGAUGACAUCACACUGCUACUUUAUCCAAAAUAUUUUUCUUGAACAUAUAGAUUAUUUAUUUUAUAUUUAUGGACCGCAUGACUUCUACUCUCUAUACAGGACAACCUAUGACUUACAUUAAGUAACUAAAUUAUUUUUGAAAAUUCCUUUUCUUUUUAUCCCAUAUUUUUGUUUUUUUUCAUUGUUAACUCCAUAACAUAUCUUUACUAUGUUUUUAACAUUUGUAAAUAAAUUUGUAUUUAUUUAUUAAUUUUAUUUUGUCAUCAGUUAUGAUAAUAUGCUGAUCAAAAUACAUAUUACAAAAAGUUAAUGUCUAGUCCUGUUACAAUAGAAUGUAGGCUACAUUUACUAGUCAAUAAAACAAUAAGACGAAAAUUGAUUAUAUUGGCCAAAAUUCAAUUAUAGACUAAGUAAAUAUUAUAUUGUUGUUAAAUUACACUAACAUAUUUUAAAUUAGAUGUUUUGUUUGUUAAAUAACAUUUGAGAAGAGUACAUUUAAAUUAAAAUUACACAAAUUGUAUGUACAUUAUUGUUGUGUGAACAUGUAGUAGAUACAAAAA